AAGACGGCUGUGAUGAAGGUCUGAGGCUGAUGAUGGGCAGGAGUCAGUCCCGUGGAGCUCCGCUGCUGUGUGAGGAUGAUGAGGUUUCCUUUGACCACUUUCAGAUUCUCAGAGCCAUUGGAAAGGGAAGCUUUGGAAAGGUGUGUAUCGUGCAGAAGACAGACUCCAGGAAGAUGUACGCCAUGAAGUACGUGAACAAGCAGAAAUGCAUCGAAAGAGAUGAAGUCCGAAACGUCCUCCGAGAGCUGCAGGUCAUGCGACGACUCCAACAUCCGUUCCUCGUCAACCUGUGGUUUUCGUUUCAGGACGAGGAGGAUCUCUUCAUGGUGGUGGAUCUGCUGCUAGGAGGUGAUUUACGCUUCCACCUGCAGAAGAAGGUGUGUUUCACCGAGCAGACGGUCAAGCUGUACGUGUGUGAGCUGGUGCUAGCGCUCGACUACCUGCAGAGCUCCAACAUCAUCCACCGGGACAUCAAACCGGACAACAUCCUCCUGGACGAGCAAGGUCAUGCGCAUUUAACAGACUUUAACAUCGCUACCAUAAUCAAAGACGGCGAACGAGCCACGGCGUUAGCGGGUACGAAGCCUUACAUGGCUCCAGAGAUCUUCCAGUCGUUCGUGAGCGGAGGAACCGGUUAUGCGUUCGAGGUGGACUGGUGGUCGCUGGGCGUGACCAUCUUUGAGGUUCUGCGAAGUUGGAGGCCGUACGACAUCCACGCCAGUAACUCGGUGGAGUCCCUGCUGCAGCUCUUCAGUACGGUCAGUGUUCAGUACAGCUCAUCCUGGCACAAAGACCUCAUCUCGCUGCUGAGGAAGUUAUUGACCGUGAACCCCGAGCAUCGCUUCUGUAGUCUGGCUCAGAUGCAGACGGCUCCCUACCUCUCCGAUGUCAACUGGGACGACGUUUAUGAGAAGAAGAUGGAGCCCGGCUUUGUUCCCAAUAAAGGUCGUCUGCACUGCGACCCCACCUUUGAGCUGGAGGAGAUGAUUCUGGAGUCUCGUCCGCUUCAUAAGAAGAAGAAACGACUGGCCAAGAACAGAUCGAGAGACAACAGCAAAGAUUCUCACUUUCAGCACCGGAGCUUCUCCUGGAGCACGGCGAGCUAUUUCUGGCGUCUUCCAGCAGGAACAGAGUUCAGAGCUCGACGCGAGCCGCUGCAGCAGGUCACCGAGCUCAGAGCCCGCUCACGAGACGUCUCUCUGUUUUCCUCGCAGGAGAACGAGUAUCUUCAGGAGUGCCUUGAAGUUGUCCAGCAGGAGUUCAUGAUCUUCAACCGUGAAAAGUGA